CUAUCUUAUUUUUGUUUUCUUCCCAUAGAACAAUUUCAAGAUUUUCGUUGCUUCCCUCGUUUUCUUCAUUUAGCUGUGAAUGAAUUGGAGAUCUUUUUACAGUUGCUUCCUUCUUUGCUUGUCAUCCAUCAAUCACGGCCCAUCUCACACCACAUAUUCAGCAACAUAUCAGCCUAGCUGUUUUCUAAUCUUUUGCUUCAUUUGGAUAAAGAAAUAUAGGCUUAUGUGGCUUGUCUCAACCAUUAAAUCUUGUUCAAGGAUUCUAAUCAUCAUGCUUCACGUGUUUGUUUUGUCCCCUCAUUUCAUUUUCAAAGUGUAUUAUUCUCUCAUCCCAUCUCUUUGGUCAAUCCGUUCCUUCGGCCAGCGUUAAAUUCUAUAACUCUUUCUUGUUUUCUGGAAUCAAUGUUGCUUUGAUAGUUACAAUUGUUUUGUUUUACAUCUGUGACCGAGGAUAUUUAUAUUAUAUUAAGGAGUUGGUACCGUUAAACCAGUGGGGUUGUGGUCGGUCGUCUGAAGUUGUUGAGAGUUUUGGAUACUGUCUUAAAUGGAGUGCAGCCUUUUUAGUUCAAAGUCGAUGCCAAUGUCCGAGAUAGCACACAUGGAAAGGACAUAUUCAAGCCAGCUUUCGAGUUUCAGGCCACAAUUCUGUACUUGCAGAGGUAUAUCUCCAAAGGCUUCUUAUUCAAGUACUCCGAAUAACACCUAUAUGCCAAAGAAAGCUCCUAGUCCAGUUGACCAAGAAAAAAUUGGAGCAGGAAAUUUACUAUAUCAGAUUAAUGGAACAAAUUCAUCUUUGUUCUCGAGAAAUAUGAGAACACUAGAUGCUUUUGAUGAUGAAUAUGGUGGAGUCAUUGUUGAUUCAGAAAGAUUACCGGCUAAUCCAAACGUCUUUGCUUUUAUGCUUCGUUUCUCAAUUUCUCACUGGAAGGCAGAGGAAAAGAAGGGAAUUUGGCUUAAGUUGCCAGUGGAAAAAUCAGAUCUAGUUCCAGUUGCUGUCAAGGAAGGAUUUGAGUAUCACCAUGCAGAGAGAGAAUAUGUAAUGUUAACUUACUGGCUACCUGAAGGACCUAGCAUGCUUCCUGCUAAUGCUUCACAUCAAGUAGGGGUUGGAGGGUUUGUCAUCAAUGACAAAAAUGAGGUUCUUGUAGUACAAGAGAAAUACUGUGCUCCAACAUUUACUGGGCUUUGGAAAAUACCAACCGGUUUCAUCGUUGAGUCAGAGGAGAUUUUUACAGGAGCUGUAAGAGAAGUCAAGGAAGAAACUGGGAUUGAAACUGAGUUUGUGGAAGUUGUAGCAUUCAGGCAUGUGCACAAUGUGGCCUUUGAAAAGUCAGAUUUGUUUUUCAUCUGCAUGCUGAAACCUCUAUCAACUCAGAUUAUGGUUGAUGAUCAUGAAAUUCAAGCAGCCAAAUGGAUGCCUUUAGUUGAGUUUGUGGAGCAACCACUAAUUCAAGAAGAUUGUAUGUUCAAGAAAGUCAUUGAUAUCUGCAUCGCCCGUCUAGGGAAGCGUUAUUGUGGAUUAUCUGUACAUCAAUUGGCUUCUAGGUUUGAUGGCAGAACAUCUUCGCUAUACUAUAAUGUUGUUGACUCACAAAAUAUCAACUGUAUAGGCAACUGAAACAAUGCAAGGCGUUGCAAGCAGUGCUCAUCUCGGCCCUUCUUGUUGCCCUUGUGGAAUUUAUUUGUUUUCAUUCAACACCAGGGUAAGAAUCCAAUGGGGCUUCAGAUUGACACUACUACCAUUUUUGCAAAGAACGCAGCUGAUUUAUAACCUGUAAUUACACAUAUCUUUCUAUCGUAAAUAUGCCAUUGAAUGUAUAAAUAUGGUAACUUUUAAUGUGUGAUUAUCUCUCUUUUCUUGUUUCUUAUUGCUUGGACUUUCAUGUUUCUUUUCCUUCAUGAUGAACAAAAUUUUGGCAUUUUUUAUGUGAAGGAUAAUGCACAGAAAAAUACUUUUAGGGACCACUGUUGGUGCAAAAUUAUAGAAUUUCAAUGGAUUUACUAAAAUUACAUUCAAAUGGAAAUUAAAGAU